GGCAUACCCAUUUUGCUGUCUGGCGUGGUGCUUUUCGGAGAUGAGGUGCGCCUUUUCGACGGAAUCGGGUAUCUGAUCUGCAUAGCAGGCAGCUUCUGGUACAUGACGUUGGUAAGGGCAGACAGGGACUAUCUGGAAAAAAUGAAUGGAAUUGCAGAUGAUUCAACUCGUGGCGAAGGGAGCGAAAAAAACGAUGCGUCUCCGAAUAAAGCUUCACGAACAUCAUCACGAUCUCCAGCACCAGGCCGAAGCAUGAGUGGAACUACAACAGGCAGAAAAGCACCGAAGUUUCAUAGGCUCGCAGCAAGCGAUGAAGGGGACGAGAGGAGCGCAGCCGUGGCCGGCAACACACCGACUGGUGUACAUUUAGAUAGUUCAACAUCUGGU